UUGUUUUAUCAAGAUCAAGCUAUCUACUAUCUACCCAAUACUAAUAAAUUGACCAAACAGACUAUUUUACCCUUCUAACCAAAAAUUCUUUCCCUUGCAAAAGGAUGUUCUGGUAAAUAACAAAUUCAAAAAUACAAUUUGCCAAACGUGCGGUUCUCAUUGGCCAUGCUUCCCAAAUCUCUGUACUGCCACCCACUUUUUGUACUUCCCUCUGCUUUCAUUGGUGGGAUUAAAAAAAAGUUCUUCCUCCACCCAGUACACACUUCUUCACACUCCACUCUUCUCUCUCUCAUUUUAUGUUCUCUCUCUUCCGUUGUUUUCCAUCUUCCUUCUCCAUUGAAACCCUAGCCGCAACUGCUCCAUUUCUCCACUUUAUUUACGGCCACCACCAUCUGUAAUGAGAGAACUAAAGUCAUAUUCAUACUAUUUAUCUCAUGGCCUUCCUAAUCAACCAAUUGGAAUUUUGUUUCAAAGGACUUCGCAGCAACCACCGUUUCUCCAUCUUUGACCGAUUCAAGGAAGUAGGAGAUACCAGACCGAGUUCGAUGGAUAGAGUCACGACAUGUGACAGUAGAAGUCAUGUUGUCCUGGAAGAUUUUUAUUUCAAUAUGACUGAAGCUAACUCAAGAUCCGGUAAGCUGACGAUCGUGGUGUCUUGCAAUGACGUUCAACAGAUCCGUAAAUCUGAAGCUCUUUUUGUUGAUGCUAACACCAAAAAUUGAUGGUUAAUGAUACAGGGGCUCUUCAAAAAUUGCCAAAGGUAAUAGGAUAUAUCUUACUCCAUUUUGGUUAAACAUAGAGAUUUAUAUUUUCAUUUUAAUUGUGACUGGAUUGUGUAAUUUUUCAAUUUGAACUAGACUGGUUGAAUAGAGUAGCACAGUUGAUGUAGCUAUUCUGGUUGCUUCAUUUUGUGUUAUUUGCUUCAUUGUACUUUUUAUUCUAAACUAUCAUCAUAUCCAUGCAAUGAGAAUGUCAAUAAUUUAGAUCCAUAUCAAAAUCAUCUUGGACAACUUGAUCAAUAGGUUAUAUGUUAAUGUUAGUUUCGAAUUCCACCUAAAUUUAAUAUUCACCUAUGUUAUCGCAUCGGUUUAGGUUAAGGCCAAACUCAUUUAGUUUCAAAGUACAUGUCAUUUGAUAUUAAUCUAUUUUUUUCUCUCAUGAUAAAUAAGAAUUGAUUAAUAAUUAAUUUUAUUAAUUUUAUUAAAUACAAAAAAUCCAUGAUUAAAGAAUAAAUUAAUUAGAUGACUUUAUACAAAUUUAAUGUGUCAUAAACCCCCAAAAU